AUGGACACUGUUUUGAUCUGUCCUAACGCAAAGGAACAAUCCAUUGCUACAACAAACAAGCAAAUGAAAAUCAAAACUUCAAAGAAAAACAAACGAGCUAGUAAUAGUAAUUUCACCUCUAACACCUAUGCUGGUCUUUUGAAUCUUCCCCCACACCAGCAACCACCACUGUUACCUCUGCCACAUGUCUCUUCAAUCCUUCAUCACAAUCCUUUGCUUCCACGAAGCCUUAACACUCAAACCUUGUCUCCAACACCUAAGAAAUCGAAACCAAAAAAGAAAGAACAAUCAAAGAAGAGAUCGGGAACAAGGUCUGCACCGGAGGCUCUUAUGGUUAAUCCAUGGGGACCCGACCCGAAAGAUCUACCCAAAAAUUUGCCGGUUGUUAUUGGAAUUGGAAACAUUGACGUUUUUCCAGAGUCGGUUUUCAAUCUAGCUCCACCACCUAGUAGCUUGCCGUUGCCAAAGUUUUCCAUGAGAUCGAAACUCAGUUGCAACACAGAAGCUGCUGCGGCUGUGGCGGGUAGUUUUGUUGACGACGGUGCAACGAAUAAUCUCCGGCGUCUUCUACGCCUCCGGUGA